AUGUUUUCUCCGGUGCUGCGACUUACUACACUUUUCUGCGUAUUCCUCCACUUACUCACCGAAGUCCACGGCAGUGCUGACGAGUACCGUCUUCUAGCAGAUCUCAGACACAACUAUGACCCCUACGAGCGACCUGUAGCUAACUCAUCAGAACCUUUGGUAGUAUCUGUCAAGAUUUAUUUACAACAAAUUCUAGAUGUUGAUGAAAAAAACCAAGUAAUCACGUUAGUGGCGUGGAUAGAAUAUCAAUGGACAGAUUACAAAUUGAAGUGGGAUCCCAGUGAAUACGGCGGUAUCAAGGACAUCAGAAUACCUGGAAAUGCAAAUGCAAUAUGGAAGCCAGAUGUGCUGCUGUAUAACAGCGCGGAUGAAAACUUCGACUCAACAUAUCCAGUCAACUAUGUUGUGAGUUACACCGGCGACGUGCUCCAAGUACCCCCGGGAAUACUCAAAUUGUCGUGUAAAAUUGAUAUCACCUAUUUUCCAUUCGAUGAUCAAAUAUGUCAUUUGAAGUUUGGUUCGUGGACAUAUAGUGGUAACUUCAUCGACUUGAGAAUCAAUGGUCCCGAGGGGAAAAACAUAUCUGAUGAAGGAAUUGAUGUGCAGUAUUAUGUGCAAAACGGUGAAUGGAAUUUGUUAGCUGUUCCCGCUCGCCACGAAACCAAUAUAUUCGACGAACAACCAUAUCCAUCUCUCUUUUUCUAUCUUAUCAUUCAAAGGCGCACAUUAUAUUAUGGACUAAAUCUUAUCAUCCCGUCUUUUCUCAUAUCACUUAUGACUGUACUAGGAUUUACACUUCCUCCAGAUGCAGGAGAGAAAAUCACUUUAGAAAUCACUAUCCUCCUUUCCGUUUGUUUCUUCUUGAGUAUGGUAGCCGAUAUGACACCUCCCACAUCUGAAGCCGUGCCACUUAUCGGUGCAUUCUUCUCAUGUUGUAUGUUAGUAGUGUCCGCCUCUGUUGUCUUCACUGUGUUGGUGUUGAAUCUUCACAACCGCAAGCCAGAGACCCAUGAAAUGAGCCCAUUUCUCCGUGAGCUUCUUUUGAUUUGGCUUCCAUGGAUGCUUCUGAUGAGACGACCUGGCAAAACUGUGUUCAAUUGCACACACCUCAAAGCAGAGAAGGCGGAAGAAAAAGCUAAACAAGAUUCAUUCAAAAAUGGGAAGGGACCGAUGAUAGGAAAGCCUACAGAUUCAGUACACCCUUCUGAUGGACUGUCACUAAUGAAGAAUAUCAAAAUGGGAAAACAACAAAAUAUUGAUAUAGAUGACGAAUUCCAUGUUCAACAUAAUCACUUAAUGCCAGUAGCUCCUCAGGAAAUGGCGCCGCGAGUCACCUACUCAAAAGUUAUGGCGGAGUCUUAUGUGGAAGACAUACUGAUGACGGAGUUGAACAAAUACAUGCAGAAAGCGUGUCUGGAGUUGAAAAAUAUUUCAUCGCAGACAAAAGCGAUGAGAAAAAAGAUGGAGGAAGAUGAGAGGGAUGAGCAAGCUGCCAACGACUGGAAGUUCGCUGCUAUGGUUGUAGACCGAUGUUGUCUGAUAACGUUUUCAGUUUUUAUUGUUGUUAGUACAUGUGGAAUUAUGUUCAGCUCCCCACACCUCAUCGCCUAA